UUUGUAUUUCUGGUAUACUGGAAUGAGCACGAUCACACCGUACUCUGUUAAUUCAAUAUGUCGAGUUUGCCUGGAAUAUAUCGAGAGCGGUAUAGUACAUGACCUGUUUCUAUUGCCAGAUCUCGCCAAGAAAUUCACAGUUUGUACUUCCUUAUUUCUGGAUGCCCGAGAUGGCUACCCCAGCAAACUCUGUACCAGCUGCUAUGACAGAUUGGACGACCUUCAUGAUUUCCAAAAGCUAUGCGUAGCCUCGGCUCAGCGGUUCAAGCAAAUGGUGGCCAAUAAACUCGUCACCGAUGUCAAUCCAAUUGAUAUAUUCGAGCCACUGCCGUUGGCCAGCAACGAAGCUGAACUGCUGAGCAAGGACGAGCCACCGAGCACUGAUUAUGAUCCACUGAUAAGCCACAAACUUGAACUAAUUGAUAACGAAGAGGAUGUUUUUAAAAUGCUGGAGCACGUUGACAAAGAAGUUAAAGAGGUAACCGAGACUAGCAAACAUUUUAGUGCCUACUCCACAUUCUCCUCCUCCACCUCAUCGGAGUGGAGUCUCAGCGAUGAUGAUGUGCCAUUGGCACAACGUUUGUUGGAUCAAGACAGCGGAUCAGAUUCCGAAACAACUUCAAAGGCGAAACGAAAGCGAAAGCGUAUCCCCGCCUCGGAGCGUCAUCUACAUCGCAUUAUCACCUGCCAAAUAUGUCAGCAGAAAUUUAAGAAGCAGCUCAACUACGACGAACACAUGAAGCACCACAACGAACUGUUGCCGUUUCAGUGUAAUGUGAUUAGUUGCAAGAAGGGCUUCACCACUGCGGCUGCACUGCGUCUGCACGGCGACUAUGCGCACACGAUGAGUGCCGCUGAAAUACCCUGCACAGUUGCCGGUUGCAAGUUGCUCUUUCCUCGCAUGCGACUGCUGACAAUUCAUCUGAAGAAGGUGCACAAUAUGUCGCGGGUGACUGUGCCACGCACAGAGCAGCCGUGCACCGAGUGCGGCAUGCAGUUCCGGUGUCCAGUUGCGCUUAAGAAGCACAUGUACAAGCAUACGGGUGAGCAGCUGCCCUAUCCGUGUAACAUAUGUGGCAAGGGCUUUCACAUAAACAGCGCCCUCAAGAACCAUCUGCUGCGGCACGCGGGCAUCAAAAACUAUGUGUGUCCCUAUUGUGGUGUGGGGAAAACCACACGCCAGGAGUGGAGCAAGCAUAUUCUCACCCACACACAGGAGAAGAUGUUCAAGUGCCACAUCUGUGAGCAUGCCACACACACCAAGCGAGCGCUCGACAAUCAUGUGAAGAUCGUGCACGAAAAGGUUCGAAACUAUGCGUGCCAAUAUUGUGGGAAGACUUUUGGCAAGUCGCACGCCUGCAAGAUCCACGAGAUGACGCACACCGGCGAGAAGCGAUGCGAGUGCAAGGUGUGCGGCAAGAAAUUCCUCUACUCGGAGAGCUUAACCAAGCAUUUGAAGAUACACGAGAAGAGUGUGGAGCGCGCAAUUGAAACUUAUCGCCAGCGGCAAGUGACAAUUAGUGGCUCAAGCUUGGCUGCUGCGGAACAGCUGCAGUCACCAGCUGAUUGCCAGACUGUCAAUGCCGAUGCCAAUGCGGCGGAUCAGCUUUUAAAGGUGUGUGCUGAGUCUGUGGCCACCAUACCGCGUGAUCCGCGACGUGUGGAACGCGUUGAUAUUGCGCAGCUGGCCGGCACCGUUGUCAAUCCCAUUCCCGCCGUCCUGGUGCCCUCAAAUGUGCCAACGCCAGGCAACUUUGUGGAAAAGGAGGGCAUGCACUUUUGUCCUGGGUGUAAUCAGGGUUUCAACAAUUUGGGCAACAUGAAGCGUCAUUACAAGAGCGUCCACGAGAAGGUCAAGGAUUUCGAGUGUCGUUUCUGUGCGCGACGAUUUGCCAACUCGCAAUCCUUGAAGCAGCAUGAAUGGAUUCACACUGGUGAAAAGCCGUAUGCCUGCAAGACAUGUGGCACACAUUUCCGACAGGAGGCGGCGCUAAUACGCCACCAGAAGGUGCACGAGGAGAAACCGCCGAAGCCAGUGAAACCGCCAAAACAAAUAACUGAGAAAUUCCGGCAAAAGGAGCUGCAGAAAUGUGAGAAACGGCGCUCCGUUGAAGCGUUGCGUCUGAAAAUCGCCGAAGCCGCCAAGGAGGAACUACAGGAAUUGGCCAAGCAACGUGUCAUCGAGAAGCAACAAAACACCUACGAACAGUACAAGGCGGCAGCCGCAGCAGCUGCUGAAAAGACAAUGAAUCCAUCAGAAGAUGAAAGCGAACGCAAUUCUUUGUCCAUCUGAAAGAGAGACAGAGAGCACAAAUGUAGCAAUCCGCUUCCGAAAAUGUUAUUGUUGGUUAAUAUUUAACUACCUAGUAAUAAAUAAAUA